CUAUAGUCACGUCUUGUUUCCGGGACUGGAGUCCGCCCUAGGACUGGAGUCGGCGGAGCCUGUGCCGGCGGAAUGAGGCGGCCAUUUUCCUAUAGAGCGGAAUAGCUGCCGAGUCGUUUUUUCCUGCGGAAGGCAGAGCCGGAGAAGCUAAGAAGCCGUCUUCAGAGUGCUGGUCCGCCUGCCUCGGGGGCGGAGGCGAGGAGGAUGUUUUCCUUUUCUACCACCGUGCAGCCUCAGGUCACAGUUCCUUUGAGUCAUCUCAUCAAUGCCUUCCAUUCACUCAAAAGUCCAGUUCCAUCUUUCACUGCAGUAUCUACUCAGUAUGUGCAGAAGGAAAUAGCACCUGAACAUGAUGUGCAGAGCAGUGAGCCAGUACUUAAUCUGCGUGACCUGGGACUCUCUGAUUUGAAAGCUAGACAACUUGAGGAACUGGUGGACAACCUACUUCCUGGGUUUUCUGUAGAAAACAAAAUUCCUUCACAUUGGCAAACAUCAUAUAUAUCUGCGGAGUCCUUCUUUGAAAAUAAGUAUGGUUUCCCAGAUGUCUUUAGAGUCUUGCAUUCAUCGUACCCAUACAGACGAAAUCCUAGCCCCCUCCAGAGCAUACGUUCAGAUCUUCAGCGUUGGCCAGUUUUCAUUCAGUCCCGAGGUUUUAAGACUCUGAAAUCAAAAGCAAGACGGCUGCAGUCAACAUCAGAACAUGCAACAGAGACAGAAACUGUUGUUCCCUCAUUUGUAAAGGGGUUUCUACUAAGAGAUAGACGACCUGUGGAGGAAAGUUUAGAAAAGGUGAUGAAAACAAAACACAUACCUGAAGCUCAUCAAGAAGCCUUUAAAACUGGGUUUGCUGAAGGUUUUUUCAAAGCACAGGAGCACUCUCAACGUACAAAUGAUGCCUUAAGACGAACCCGUCUCAUUCUUGCUGCUAUAUUGAUCCUGGGUGUUUAUGGUUUGUUUAAAAAUCCAUUUUUAUCGGUGCGUUUUCGAGCAGCCUCUGGACUUGAUGCAUCAGUGGACCCUGUUCAGAUGAAAAAUGUAACUUUUGAACACGUCAAAGGAGUUGAAGAAGCUAAGCAAGAGUUGCAAGAAGUUGUAGAAUUCUUGAAAAACCCUCAGAAAUUUACUGUACUGGGAGGUAAACUUCCUAAAGGUAUUCUGUUGGUGGGCCCCCCAGGUACCGGCAAAACCCUUCUUGCCAGAGCGGUAGCAGGAGAAGCUGAUGUUCCCUUUUAUUAUGCUUCUGGGUCUGAAUUUGAUGAGAUGUUUGUUGGUGUGGGAGCUAGUCGUAUCAGAAACCUGUUUAGGGAAGCCAAAGCAAAUGCACCUUGUGUCAUAUUCAUUGAUGAGCUGGAUUCUGUUGGUGGCAAAAGAGUAGAGUCUCCAAUGCAUCCAUACUCAAGGCAAACUAUAAAUCAGCUUCUUGCUGAAAUGGAUGGAUUUAAGACUAAUGAAGGAGUCAUCAUAAUUGGUGCAACAAACUUCCCUGAAGCAUUAGAUAACGCUUUGAUACGUCCUGGUCGCUUUGACAUGCAAGUUACAGUCCCCAGGCCAGAUGUUAGGGGCCGAACAGAAAUUCUAAAAUGGUACCUCAAUAAAAUAAAAUAUGAUGAAAGCAUUGAUCCAGAAAUCAUUGCAAGAGGUACAGUAGGAUUUUCUGGAGCUGAGCUGGAAAACCUUGUGAAUCAAGCUGCAUUAAAAGCUGCAGUUGAUGGAAAAGAUAUGGUUACUAUGAAGGAGCUAGAAUUUUCAAAGGAUAAAAUUCUUAUGGGCCCUGAACGUAGAAGUGUGGAAAUAGAUGAAAAAAACAAAACCAUUACAGCUUAUCAUGAAUCAGGGCAUGCCAUUAUAGCAUAUUAUACUAAAGAUGCAAUGCCAAUCAACAAAGCAACAAUUAUGCCACGAGGACCAACACUUGGACAUGUGUCUUUGCUGCCUGAAAAUGAUAGAUGGAGUGAAACUAGAUCUCAGCUGCUUGCACAAAUGGAUGUUAGUAUGGGUGGAAGAGUAGCAGAAGAACUCAUAUUUGGGGGUGAUCACAUCACGACAGGUGCUUCUAGUGAUUUUGACAAUGCUACUAAAAUAGCAAAGCUCAUGGUAACUAAGUUUGGAAUGAGUGAGAAGCUUGGUGUCAUGACCUAUACAGAAACUGUGAAGAUCAGUCCAGAAACCCAGUCUGUAAUUGAACAGGAAAUAAGAACACUUUUAAAGGACUCAUAUGAACGGGCGAAGAAUAUAUUGAAGACCCACGCAAAAGAACACAAGAAUUUAGCUGAAGCAUUGCUGACCUAUGAGACUUUGGAUGCCAAAGAAAUUCAGAUGAUUCUAGAAGGGAAAAAACUAGAAGUGAGAUGAUAGUGUCCUUGUCAAGCAUGCUGAUUGCUUAUGCAACAGUUUCCUUUUGAAGUGUAGCUUUUUCUUCCUGAUGUGUGUGGUAAUAAUCACAUUUCUUAAGGAUAAACACUUUUGUCUUGUGAGCUUUUGUUACAUUUUAUAAAUGUUUGUCUUUCCUUAGAAAGAGAUGCAAGGAGCAAAUGAAGUUCCCACAAAGAUAGACGUGCAAUCUCAGGGCUGGAUCUGACUUGUUGGAAACCUCAUACUGAAGCUGAAUAGUAUGCUUUUAAAAUACUUUUAUCUGCUUACUGCUCCAUAUGGACUGUGGUUUAUCUGCUUGCUGUUUUCUGUCAUGGGGCAGAAGAAUAUUCAUGGCUACUAGCUAUGAUGGCCAAAUGGUGUCUCCAGCAUCAGUGGCCGUAUGCGUCUGAGUACCUUUUGCUGGGGAACAAGAGUAGGAAAGUGCUCUUGCACUUACAUCUUGUUCCAAGAGGCAUCUGGUUGGCCAUUGAAAGAGUUCUGAUCCUGUAAAGCAAUUACAUUCUCAAUUUUGUAGCUUUAGACACUGAAGUUCUUCAGAAGAAUGAUACUUCUGUUAUUUAGAAAAGAUAACAUAAUUUAUUUAAUGGGUCAUACAGACUUUAGGAAGUCGAGGGCAGCCAAAGCAUUACCACCUUUUCCCCACUGGCCUUUGUAUAUACGCAAGAGUGUUGGAAUCAUUUGAGCACAAUAGGAGACAUGGCAAUAACAGAUCAAUAAUAUCUCUGUGGAUUCCUUUAUCUGUAUUUUAGAACAUCAUAUUUAGGAGAGAAGGAUGAAGAAAUACAUGUGCCACAUCUGGGAAGUACACAAAUUGUAUGGGAUGUGACUUCAGAGCUUUGAAGUGUCUAUAGUGUUGGAUCUUUAAAAAUAACAUUUUGAAAGUCUUGUCAGAUUUCCUAAUAAGUAUUGGUCAGUCAAAGAGUACUUAGUUUUCUCUUCCGCUUUGUCAACAAAUGCCUUUUGUGUUGUGUCUUUUUAGCCCAUUUUAGACAUAUGUGCUGCCCACAUGCUGAAGUCUAAAUCUGUUUAUUAGCUCCAAUUAGAGUAGGCAUGAUCAAUAAAUAAGCUAGUUGCCUAAAUCCAAUUGAAUGCUCAUUAAGUGAAGAUCCUUAACAGCACUGCAGUGCCAAGUUGUAGAACCACACGGGUUGUAUUGUCUUCAUGCAUCCAGUCAUGCUUCCUUCCUGCACCCAAAUGUUACUGCCUUCUAGCUUAAAUUGUGCUAUGCCUUUACCCAGGAGAAGAGGGUAGAUGACAAGGGAGCUGCAGCAGUUGCCAGUGUGAUAGGCAGAGAAAUGCCUGCAGGUGAGGAUGGGAAAAGAGAAUGGAAUAUGUGUUCACUUCACUUUGGAGAGAGAGACCAGACAAGACAGAUGAACAGAUAGAAGGAAGUCAGGCAUACUGUCAUGAAGGAAGGAGGCUCUAAGUACAUAAGAGAGGCAGGCACAAACUGCUGUCCAUGCACAUUUUGCCCAGACAGAUAAAAUAAGAUGUACACCCAUCCAGAACAACUACUGGGACUUCAUAUCUCUGCCCCUUAUAGUAUGUAUAAAGCAGCAGGGCAUGCAGUAAAUGGGUAUCAUCUUGCUCACCACUUGGGCUGUUCUCUAUGCCCCCUCCCAGGAAGAAGGUGAACUUGUCAGAGAAAGCUGGGACUUCUUCUGCUGCAUGUUGACAUAAAUAUCUCCUUCUCUCUGCUGCAAGGACAUGAUUGGGAUCAGCGAUGUUGCAGCCAUGAAAACCAUACACAUGAGGAGGUAGUGGAUGCCUCCUUACACGUAGUUGUGAAAAGUACAACUGUGCAGAAUGAUGUACAGGGAUAAUGCCUCAACUGGAUAUAGGCCAGGGAGUUUUUUCUAGUUGAGAUUAAUAAUUGACUUUAAUCCUUCAAGGAAAUGUAUUUAAGCAUUUUGUAAAAUGCUGGAAUUGGAGUAGAGAUGUAGUACGACAGUUGCUACUAAUACCCAAACUCUUGUUAUAACUUUAACCAUGGCACUUCACUAUCUAAAAAGGUCUUUAUUUCAAGAUUUUUGAAGUGUGUUGUGCUGAACAGUGGGGAAAAGUUGAUAAUGAUUUCCAUUUAAAACUAGGGCUAAUAUGGUGUUUUGCUGCAAAUACCACUGAUAAUGCAAGUACUUUUUAAUUAGUAGAAAAUUAUUUUUAUUUCAUUGUAUCCAUUAUUUCAGCACAACUUUUUUUUUCUUUUUCUGUUCAGGAACCUUAAAGCGGUUUUUAAAAACAAAAAACCAAGAUGCCAUGCUGACAUGUACCCUUUUAUAUUAAUACCUAGUAAAAGAUGAACGAGUGCACCAUGUUUGGCACCUCCCUUUUUAAAUAAACAUUUCUUGUAAAUAUGCAGAAUGCUUCACCCUUUUUUCAAGUGUAAAGUGCUUUAUUCUGGUUUCCCUCUUAUGUAAAUUGAGGUGUAUAAAACAUAUCUAAAGCCUGUAAAUAAAUUUGAGAGUUAAGCAAA